GUAUCUGAAGACAAAAUUGGUUGUUGAUUUUCACGAAACUUAAAGGUGUAAUAUCAUUUAAUGAAAGCAAUAGAUGUACUUAAUUAACUUGUGUCAUCUCCAUAAAUCAAAUCAUGGAAAAGCUCGCUUAAUACAUGUUUGCCCCCAACAUUAAUUAAACCUUUUCUUUUAAUUUUCAUUUUAUUACAUCUAAUAUGGGGCUUUGAUAAUGCGUCCAAGAAUCAGUCUCUUUCACAGUCUUAACACCAAAGAGCCCCAACCCUAUCAUCACACACACCUCUCUCAUCUCUAUAUCUCUCUCUCUCUCUCUCUCUCUAAGAGACAGACAGACAUAGAUCUUAGAUUUUUCCCAGGGGAAAAAAGUGAGUUCAUCUUUUCAGAUCUUACAAACACUUUUCUUUUAUAAACUGAUGUGCCACAAAUCAUUACUAGUACUAUCUUAAUUAUCUUCACAAUUUUUUUUAUCUACCAUAGCCAAAAAGAAAGAGCUUUCACAUAUGGAGAGAUCAAACAACAUAGAGUUGAGGAACAGCUUCUAUGGCCGUGCAAGAACUUCACCAUGGAGCUAUGGAGAUUAUGAUAAUUACCAACAGGAUCAUGAGUAUCUUCUAGGGUUUUCAUGGCCACCCAGAUCCUACACUUGCAGCUUCUGCAAAAGGGAAUUCAGAUCGGCUCAAGCACUUGGUGGUCACAUGAAUGUUCACAGAAGAGACAGAGCCAGACUCAGAUUACAACAGUCUUCAUCAUCAUCCUCAACACCUUCUCCUCCUUACCCUAACCCUAAUUACUCUUACUCUUCCAUGGCAACCUCUCCUCCUCCUCACCAUUCUCCUCUAACCCUAUUUCCAACCCUUUCUCCUCCGUCAUCACCAAGAUAUAGGCCAGGUUUGGUCCGUUCCUUGAGCCCCAAGUCAAAACAUACACCAGAAAACGCUUGUGAAACUGAAAAAUCUUCUCUUUUAGUGGAGGCUGGAGAGGCUAAAAGGUUCACCAGUAAAGAUGCUUGCAAGAUCUUGAGGAAUGAUGAUAUCAUUAGCUUGGAGCUUGAGAUUGGUUUGAUCAAAGAAUCGGAGCAAGAUCUGGAUCUAGAACUCCGUUUGGGUUUCGCUUAAUUAGAUGGUAAUAAUUUUAUCCUUAAAAGGAUUUGAAGUUCACAAUUCUAGAAGAUAUGCCGCUUCUCAAAGGUUAAUUAGUUUCAUCGAUAUGAAAUUCUCUAAGCUUGCUAAUUAGUAGAACGUUAUAUAUAGUCAAUUAUAUGAUUAUAGUAUAAGCUAUAAGCUUGCGUUAGAUGUUAUAUAAUAUUUAUGCGCUUACUACCGUUUUAUGUAUGACAAUGGAUACAAUUUUGUCUCCGUAAUAAUUGUUUAUCUCCUCGAUCGUAUUUAAAUUUCUACAUAUUUUAGUCCUUACGUUUCAUGUAAAUUGAUAUGUUAAGACUUAGUUUGCUUUUUGUUU